GCCAUCUUGUCACCACUUCCUUCACUUGGGAGUUGUACAGAUUUUCAACUCCUGUGGUGUAGUUUCUUUCAGUUUUUAUUCGAUUGCAAUUUUUGCAGGGUAAAACAAGUAUCACCAUGGCUGGCCGACUACCUGCGUGUGUUAUAGACCCUGGGACUGGGUACACCAAGAUGGGUUUUGCUGGAAACACAGAGCCACAGUUUAUCAUCCCUUCAGCAAUCGCCAUCAAGGAGUCUGCAAAAGUUGGGGAGAAAUCUCAGCGUAGGUUAGUCAAAGGUGUUGAUGAUUUGGACUUCUUCAUUGGUGAUGAGGCAAUUGAUAAGCCAAACUAUUCCUGCAAGUAUCCUGUACGUCAUGGUAUCGUUGAUGACUGGGACUUGAUGGAACGGUUUUUAGAACAGACUAUUUUCAAAUAUCUUCGAGCGGAGCCUGAAGAUCAUUACUUCCUCUUGACGGAACCUCCUCUCAACACACCUGAGAAUCGAGAGUACACAGCGGAAAUCAUGUUUGAGACAUUCAAUGUUCCAGGACUGUACAUAGCCGUUCAGGCGGUUCUUGCUCUUGCUGCAUCAUGGACAUCACGUCAGGUUGGUGAGCGUACCUUGACAGGAACAGUUAUAGACAGUGGGGAUGGUGUCACUCACGUCAUACCUGUGGCAGAAGGUUACGUCAUUGGUAGUUGUAUCAAGCACAUUCCUAUAGCUGGGAGGGAUAUUACUUACUUUGUACAGCAGAUUCUACGUGAGAGGGAAAGUUCCAUCCCGCCAGAGCAGUCAUUGGAGACGGCCAAGGCAAUCAAGGAACGAUGGGGUUACAUCUGUCCAGACAUAGCAAAGGAGUUUACAAAGUAUGAUACUGAUCCCGCUAAAUGGAUGAAGAAAUAUGAGGGAAUCAAUGCCAUCACUAAGAAACCUUUCUCUGUGGAUGUUGGGUAUGAGCGCUUCCUUGGACCUGAGGUGUUCUUCCAUCCAGAGUUCUCCAACCCUGACUUCACAACUCCAAUCUCUGAGACGGUUGAUGUAGUGAUUCAGAAUUGCCCAAUUGAUGUCAGGAGGCCACUCUACAAGAAUAUUGUCCUGUCUGGAGGGUCUACAAUGUUCCGAGACUUUGGACGUCGAUUGCAGAGGGAUGUGAAGAGGAUAGUAGAUGCCCGUCUUAAAAUCAGUGAAGAACUUAGCGGAGGAAGAAUCAAGCCCAAGCCUAUUGAAGCCCAGGUUAUCACACAUCACAUGCAACGAUUUGCUGUAUGGUUCGGUGGAAGUAUGUUGGCUUCAACGCCUGAGUUCUACCAAGUGUGUCACACAAAGGCAGACUAUGACGAGCACGGCCCCAGCAUUUGCCGACACAACCCUGUCUUUGGUGUCAUGUCAUAAAGUGGUAUGAAGAAUCAGAGAGAGUUAAGUUGCAAGUGGUUGAGUGGUAUCAUGGUAUAGAGUCUUCCUGUUACGCUGUCCAUCUUGGUCAGGACUCAGGAAGACACAACCAAAGUUUGCUUUACAGGAAUAGGUCACCCUUUUACAGAAACUAAACUUUAUUUGUUGUUUUAUCAAAGAUGCCUCACUUGAGCGAGAUGAUCUGCUUCAAUCUUUGAAAUCAUGUGUCUCGGAAUUGUAUCACUGUUGUUUUUUUUUUUUUUUUAUGAAGAGUUUACAAAGCAUGGGGUGUGGCAUGCGACAGGUUACUUUUAUAGAUGGGCGUGGUAAACAUUUAUUGCAAAUGUUCCCCCUCUUCAUGGUACCAUCUGACCAGAGCCAAAAUUUAUAUUUUGAGCAAAUGAUUUCAUUGCCUUUCUUUAUAAGCAUCAGUAGCUUAGAAUAUACUCAUAACCCUUCUAUUAACCUUAUACCAGACAGUUCUACAUAGAACUCAAAAAGUUUGGCAACAUAUGAAUUUAUAUAAUUAUGCGUCUUUUUCUAAAUGAACAAAUGCCUUUUGAGUAAAUAUUAUAUAAACGGUUACUUUCUGGGGUUUUUGUAGUGGGGGAUGCACUUUAUUAUGAAAUAUCAAAGUUGAGUUGUCAUGGGAGAGUGUGUAGAUGGGGGAAGAAUUAGUUACUCACUUUGUUACAAAGAUUGUAUUUUUUGCAAUUCUAUGUACCAAAUCUAGGAUGCAUCCAUCAAGGGAGAUAUGUGCCAUAGAUAUGUUUAUGAGUACAAGGUCAAGAAAUAUCAUUUUGGGUGAUAUUAUCCCAAAAAGACUACUCCAAAGAAGUUGGCUGAAAGGUUUCAUCUAAGUGGAAGAAGUAAAUCUCUUUUUCUUCUGAAUUCAGAGAUUUUAUCAGUGGGUACUUUCACUGAAUAAGUUCAGUCACAACUUUUUGUGGAGGAGCCCCAUUUUGGGAAGGGACCUGUGUGUCUCCUAUGCUUAGCCGAUACCAUUAUACAGUUUAGUGUAUUAUUUAAUAGCUUAUAAGACUCUUUAGGUCAAAGGUUAAAGGUAUGACUAAAGGUCAUGAAUAAUUAGUAUGCCGCGUAUCAACUUAACUCACCAGCAGUGAGAUAAACGACCAAAGUUAAUUGCAUGAUCUUUCAUUAAACAAAUUUAAUACCAAAGUUAGUGCUCUUUUUUGAAAAGGUAUAAAGGAAAGUUGGUAUUUCUGCUUCAAAACAUUUUUGCAGAGUGAUAAUCAUUUUGGACUGCAGUUUAUGGCUAUUUUAUUCAGGACUCUAUAGACGGAGUUAGAUUUCAGAAAUGUAAGAAGCAAUGCAAAGAAACAAGAUUUCAGAAUCUGUUACAUUAUCUUGUUUUUCUGUUUCUUCAUAUUUUAGGCUAACAAUUUUUUUUAAGAGCGCUCCAUCCUAGUUGUAGAACAACAAAUUUCUUGAAUGUCAAUUUCAUUGGUUUUUUCUUUAGUUAAGUUUUAACCUGCCUUUUGAUUUGAAUCUCAUAUCUUGUAACAAAUACAACCAUAGAGUGUACUAGAGGCACGGUAAAACCAGUGCUUGUUUAUACCACUUUGUAAAUCAGCAUCAUGUCCAUGUAAACCUUAAAGACUUGUUCCCCUAACUCUAACUCCAUGGGCAUUUUCUUAUGAUACAAUUCUGUUUAUCCAUCAGGAGGUAAAUUUCACUGAUCUUCGAGUCAGUUCUGAUGUAUUUGCUAUAGUCAGGGAACCAGUGAUAAGAUUGCCAAUCACAAUGGCUGUUAUAAAAAUUCACUUUGUCGGGACCGAGAGUCAGUGUUGAAGAAAAGUAUGAUACUAGGAGUGCAUUAUUUAAGGAGGUAUGUUGAAAUGCUAGCAUUACCAUACUCUAGUAACCAAUAGAAUUCAGGAUUACUGUGGGAACAAAUAGGAACAACAUUGCAUGAUUAAGGCAUCAGAUCAAAAGGCAGGGUUUCGUCAACUCUAAAGAAAGUAAGAACUACUGUUUCUUCACUAGGUUGACAUAAAAUAGUCAGACAUUUCUCAUCCUUUAAUAUGAAAGCGUCGCCAGCUCCCAUAAUUUGAAAUGAAACCCAUAUUGGCAAUACUUUCAAUCUUUGGCAUUCUUUUAUUUUUUAUUUUGAGCACUAUGAAAAAUGUAGUAAUAUAAAAAAAUUGAAUAAAAUUUACACAUUGAUUGGAAUGUAUCCAGCUAAUAUUAAUAGACAAAUUAAUUAAUUAAUGAAUCAUUGAUAUAAAUGAUUGGGUAAACCCAGUAUUAAGUCUAAGUAUGUACAAGGUUGUAUGACGUUUUAUACAAAAAUGUUCUUGGAUUUUGGUUGAGUAAUCAUAAUUGAAUGCAAUGUUUGGGGGAAGACUUCUAUAGCUAUAUAAAAAUGAAAUAAAAUUUAACAAGAAAAUUCAA